AUGCCCUACCCCAGCAAGGUGGCAUUUCUGGUGGUACUGUCCAUCUUUGGAAUACAAUCUCAGGCAGAUGAGGUUUUUAACAUCUUCACCCCAAGCACCAAUGGCGGCAAUGUCCAGGAGACAGUGACCAUCGACAACGAGAAGAACACUGCCACCGUCAACAUCCACGCAGGGUCGUGCUCUUCAACCACCAUUUUUGACUAUAAGCAUGGUUACAUCGCAUCCCGGGUGCUCUCCCGAAGAGCCUGCUACGUCCUCAAGAUGGACCACAAAGCCAUCCCUGCUCUGGACAAACUCCAACGGUACCUCUACGAGAAGCAGGCAAUGAGCACCAUGGACUCCAGAGAGUACACUUGGGUCAAGUAUAACCCUUUGAAGUCGCUGAUCAUGAAGGUGGAUUGGUUCCUGUUUGGGUCGCCUAUUGAGCAGCUGUGCAAGCACAUCCCCCUGUAUGAGGGGGAGGUGGUUACAAAGCCAAAAGAGGUGUCCACUGGAGCCUGUGCAAAGGUUGGCCUCCUGGGGCUCCUGGGAGUCUCCAUCUGUGCAGGAAUUCACAUCUGAGAUGGUCCAUCAGCUGCCUUCAUCUUUCUUAAGAAGUUCACCUUUGG